AUGCUUCAAGGAGAGCUUCAAUCGGUUGCCUUCUUCACCCGUAUGGCAAAGGGGAGCGAGACGCUGAGCAUGGCGUCGGAGGUGGAUCACUUUCAGAGGAUCCUCGACUUGGAGCAGGAGCUGAGAGAGCUUGAGGAUGAACGAGAGAAGGAAGUCAGCAGCCUGUACGGCGGGCCGUCGGUCAAUCACUUCUCCUCCUUCGUCCAGGAGCUAGAGGACACGGAGUCCGAUGAGGAGGGAGGUGUCAAGUACUUUGCUAGGAAACAGGCGACAAGACAGCCGACCAGCAGCGACGAGAAAGCGAGUCGGAGCCAUGCCGAGCAGCCGAAGAACGUGAAGUUUGAGAUGGAAACGUUUGCCUGGGACAGGCAGCACAGCUCCGUGUCGUCCUACGAGCGUUAUCUUGAGAUGAGGAGGAAGGCUGAAGCUUCCGCUCUGAUCCGAUCGAGGAGAGAGGCGGCUGUUGUUGAGGAGGAGGAGCGGAGGAAACCUGUUCAACGCUGGUCUCGCCGGCGCGAAGUUACGAGCACUGCUGGGUUGCAAGGAACGGACGAGGUGAUUCGAGGUCGAAACAGGGAGAGUGAGGAUGCGGACUGCGACGAUGCCUCGAGACUCAGUAACGGAGCUGAAGGAUCUCUCAGCAGUCGCUCGAGGGAGGAGGACGAGGAGGAGGAAAGAAUAAGGGGUGUGGUUGGUGCGAACGAUCUCGUCAAUGAUGUGGGGAGGUAUGGCAAGAGGCGGCCAGCACGAUCGGAGGAGGGAGAGGCUCCGAAGGUGGAGACUGCAGCAAUGAGGGCAAACGGACGAGAUUGGAAUGUCAAGAUGAGCUUGCAAGGGUUGAAAGGACGAGCAGACACGGUGAAGAGAAACGCGUGCUCGCUGGUUGAGCUGAUCCCCAUGGAGCAGAGCCGGAGAGCACCAGCAGGAAGAGGAUCGUCGGCAGCUUGCCUUCUGGAGGAUGAUGACAUGGACGCUCCCGCGAUAUGGAACAUGAGGAAGGAGGCGAAGGUGCCCCGGCCGACUGAUUGGCAAGGAGAGCGAGGUCAGGACAAGGAUAAAGAGAGGCUGUCCCAUGGAGUGAGAGUUAAGAUCUUUGGAUUGAAGAAGAAUCUCGACUUCAACGGAUGCACUGGAGUGGUGAAGGCGUUCGAUGAAGAAUCCUCGUGCUAUCAGGUGUUGGUAGAGAAAGAUCACUCGCUUGGAUGGAUUGGUCGAGAUCAUCUGAAGCUGGAGGGAGAGGAAGAGGAGAAACAACUGCCUUCCUCGUCGUAA